GUCAUAUUAGCACGACUGUGUUUUCGUUCCGGUUUUCGCGACGUAAAUUGAAGCUACUGUCAUCAUGGUGAUGUUUCCAAUUUCACUGACUGAAGAAGAAGAGGCUUUGCAAAAGAAAUAUGCGAAACUCAAGAAAAAGAGAAAGGCACUACUUGCACUUAAGAAGCAGAAUACAACCAACCAGACUAACCAGAGUGGAUUAAAACGGACACUGUCAGACCAGCCUGUCGUUGACACCGCCACAGCCACCGAGCAAGCCAAGAUGUUGAUCAAGUCGGGUGCAAUCAGCGCCAUCAAAUCGGAGAAUAAGAACUCUGGCUUUAAACGCUCUCGUAUGCUGGAGAUUAAACUGAAGGACCCUGAAAAAGGUCCAGUUCCUGCUUUCUUACCUUUCCAAAGGAGCGUCUCUACAGAUGAAGAGCAAGCUGAGUCGGGAAGGAGAUCCCACAGGAAGUCACUGUAUGAAAGCUUUGUCAGUUCGAGUGACAGAUACCGGGAUGAGGACGACGGGGGCGGCGUGUCCUCCAGCCGAGAGAUGGACAGAGACCGUGAUCGAGAGCGGGACAGAGAGCGAGAACGGGAAAGCAAUCGUGAUCGCGAGCGCGAGAGAGACCACGAGCGUGACAAAGAGCGAGAGAGGGACCGUGACAGGGAGCGGGGAAGAGACAGAGAAGGUGAAAGGGAUCGGGAGCGUGACAGGAACAGGGAGAGGGAUCGGAGCAGAGAGCGGAGCAGUGAGAGGGAUCGGGAGCGUGAGGGGGAAAGAGAGAGAGAUGGGUCCUUCAGACGGUCUGAUUCAUAUCCUGAGCGGCGAGUGAGAAAAGGGAACACGGUGUACGUUUAUGGAUCAGGUCUCUCUGAGGACAGCAUGCGCUCUGCUUUCUCUCAACAUGGCAACAUCAUUGACCUCUCCAUGGACAACCCACGCAAUUGUGCAUUCAUUACUUUUGAGAAGAUGGAGUCUGCAGAUUUGGCCGUAGCUGAGUUGAACGGGAGCACGGUGGGAGACGUUCACAUCAAAGUCAGCAUCGCCAGGAAGCAGCCCAUGCUGGACGCUGCCACUGGCAAAUCUGUGUGGGCCUCUCUGGCUGUGCACAACAGCACCAAAGGCUCUUACAGGGACAAAAGGAACCAGGUGGUGUACAGUGAAGAUUUCCUGUAGUGAAAACAAAGUAGACAUGAAAUGACAAGUAUUCACAUUUUGCAGUGAUGAAUUAUAAACAUCACAUGACAUAAAAAUGUGAUUUUAGUGCAGAUUUGGACUUUUAAAGGCUAUGGCCCAAAACCUUUAAUGGGCUGAGUUUAAAAAUGCAAUUUUCAGUUCAUUGACAACUAUAUUUUUUGUCUCUUUUUUUGGAUUUUGGUCACAAUCCACCAGUGUAAAAUCCAAAUCGAUGAAAAUUUUCACCUACUCUUUAGAUUUUGUCCAAGUGUAUCUUUGGCAGUACCUCUUUAUCUCUAUGAUCAGUUAGCCAACAGUGGAUGAAGGAUAAAUAUGAACGUUUUUCUGUAUAACUCAUUUGUACAAAGGCUUUGUUUGUCACACAGCUUUGCUUAAUAAAAGUAAAAGCAAUAUAAAGUAUGCCUACAUUUUUUUGUGAGUGGAAUCAGCACAGGUGUACAACUUUAUGUACAACUGUUAUGGGCUCAGGGAAAGCAUGGAUUUUUUUUCUCCAAAAGUAGUUCAGAUAAUACACAUUCACUCUAAAUCAGUAAUCAUUUAUAAAUACGUGAUAAUACAGGUGAAAUUUCAGAAUGAAGCUGUUACCUUUUUGUGAGUAGUGUGUCUUAUAACCUCAUUUGCCACUUCCCUGUGUCAUCUCCUUUGGUGUCUUCAGCCAAAACAUACCCAUUCACCAAAUGCUUCAAGUCCAAAUUUGUCCAGGGUAU